AGAAAGUGUCAGUGCCGGAAGCAGGAACUACGUGAGCAUAAUGCUUCUAUGGAUCGCGGCUUGAGAUAAAAUGAGACUUCUACAUUCCCCGCUCUUCCGUCACAUUAUCGCCACCAACACUUGCCUUUGUCACUCCAAGACUCCGCCCAAUCACAUAUGCAAACAAUGGCGGGCUGUGAGCACAGCCUUGAACCAGCACAUCCAAGACCUGAGCGGCUCCGAGCAGACGCUGCUGAAUAAACUCUACGCGGGCCUCAUUGGGGGUCACCGGGCUUCUCUGGCAGAGUCCAUCACGCUGGUGGAGACGCAGCAUCUGCGGAAGAAGGAGCUGGCCCAGGUGUUGCUACAGAGGGUCCUGGCCUUCAGGAGGGAGCAGGAGAGCCACAAUGGUGGGAAACCGGUGGCCUUCAGAGUAGGUCUCUCAGGUCCUCCGGGAGCUGGGAAGUCGUCAUUCAUUGAAGUGGUGGGCAAGAUCCUGACGGGACGUGGACAUAAAGUGUCAGUGCUGGCAGUUGACCCGUCUUCCUGCACGACGGGAGGUUCCUUGAUGGGUGACAAGACCCGCAUGACUGAGCUUUCCCGUGACAUGAAUGCCUUCAUCCGCCCGUCGCCCACGUCGGGGACGCUCGGCGGUGUCACCAGGACGACCAACGAAGCCAUCGUCCUCUGCGAGGGAGCGGGUUACGACGUCAUCCUCGUGGAGACUGUGGGUGUCGGCCAGUCAGAGUUUGCAGUGGCGGACAUGGUUGACAUGUUUGUGUUGCUAAUUCCACCAGCAGGUGGCGACGAACUGCAGGGCAUCAAGAGGGGCAUCAUCGAGAGGGCUGACCUGGUGGUGGUGACCAAGUCGGACGGAGACCUGGUGGUGCCAGCCAGGAGGAUCCAGGCGGAAUACACCAGCGCUAUGAAGCUGCUUCGGAGGCAGUCCAGGUCUUGGAACCCCAAGGUGGUCCGCGCUUCCUCGCACAGCGUCGAGGGCAUCUCGGAGGUCUGGGAUGAGAUGCGCUCGUACCAGCAGGUCAUGUUGGCCAGCGGCGAGCUGCAGGGCCGCCGCCGGGCCCAGCAAAAGGUGUGGAUGUGGACCUUGAUCCAGGAAAACGUCCUGGCCCACUUCCGCCAUCACCCCGCGGUCCGGGAAGCCCUGCCCCAACUGGAGGAGAGGGUCACCCGGGGGGACAUCUCCCCCGGCCUCGCAUCCGACCUGCUCCUCAAAUCCUUUCUCUCGUCAUCCUCGUAGUCAGUGGAGGGAUGGAGGUACGUCAUCCAGUAGGGGGCAGCUUCUACAAUGAAACUUUUCCUUACUUGACAGCCAAUCCAAAUCGAGGACAUUCAUACUUGGAGACUGAAACUCGGACAUUUAUAAACAAUUUCAAUGGAAAAACCUCUCAAUGACUCUUGACAAUGACCUGCCAAAAAACCCAAACGACACAUAGCUUAUGAAUACCUUGAAAAU